AUGGAAGUUUAUUUUCUUCGUAGUGUUCUUCUCGUUGCACUGACAGCCGGGACUUUAGGAGACGAUGGUCAGUUGACCUUUGUGUCAGAGCUGUCGUCCAAGCCUGCCCAGAAGUUGUCGAGAUACGGUUGGUAUGGCAACGUGAGGCUCCAGAGGUUCCACAUCCCCGAGGAUGCCGCGGUGGCUCGCUGGCUGUUCUCUGUCACCCGGGGUCAAGGCUUCCACUGUGGACAGCACAACGUCACUAUUCAUAUUCGAUGGGGAGCCCCCCCGGUCAUAAACCCAGUAGGUUUAGUGUUUCCCAAUGCAACACUGUGGAGCCACCCUCUGUCUCUGACGCUAAUGGUGACAUCACACAGCUCCAUGACCUUUAACCUGUCCAACCCUGCACCUGGAGACUGGUACCUCGCUGCCCAUUUGCCUCGAGAUGACGGGCGCAUAGAACAGAAGGGGUUUCCAUCCUGCUCCUAUUUCUUCCAGCCCCAGCUGUCAGUCAGGAGAGCUGUGGACACACCUGUUCUACAGCAGGGCAUACCCCUCUCACAGACUGCAGCCCCUGACAGAGCUGUACGCCUAAAGGUGUUUGUUCCAGCGUUUGCGUCUUCUCUCUCCAUUUCUUUGACUGACUGCUCGUCGAGGGAGGAACCAGAGAGUGGAAGCUGUUCAUUAGUGCUGAGGGUUGGCUCCUCCUCUCUGCGGGACGGCCCAUUGACAGUGAAUUGCUCAGGUGUUAGCUGCUCUGCGACUCUCUCUCCCCCACCAUGGGAGACCUGGGUACGAGUCGUCGUGGAGAGCAACCAUGAUAACUAUACUGUGACCUUCACUAUCACAUCAGACAGCAUAGUGGACUGCAAGCCAAAGAGUGUUGGCCUUAAAGGAGACGAUGACCUCAAAGUGCUCCGUGGUAACAGCAGCAGCAACUCAAUGUCAGCAGACAACAGCUCAGUGAUUACAGAGGUGGUUGACCUUAGCAACUCAUCAACAUCAUUGUUAACACCUGUGUUGUCGCCGGGGUGUGUGUGGAGCGUCCCGGUGCUCUCUGAGGAGCUGGAUGUUCUGUCACUCCGCUUCACCCCUGUCAACGGGCCCAAUGUCAGCGUUACACACAUCCACCCCACCUUGCUGAGUUACCCCGUGCACUCACACGCCAGCGGUGGCACACUCAACCUACAGCUGACCCUCAACACUACUAAUAUAACCCUGGGGAACAGCAGCAGCGUGGUGGCCUGUCUCUCUCCCUGGGCUCCAGUCCUUGGCCUCAACCAUUCUCAGCCCUGCCGCACAGCUUUGUUCUUAGGCUAUGGUGUUCAUGUGAACACCAGCGUUCCUAAGGCUGUGAUCAGGCUGCCUUUUCCUCAUUCAACAACAUGGUACCUCACACUACAGCUCACCUGCAACAGCAGUGACUGUGGUAAUGUGUCAGUAGUCUCUGUGGUACCAGAGGUGUAUAUCAGUGCCUGUGUGGAGGAUUGUGGGACAUACGGGGAAUGUAGACUACUGAGAUCCUACAGCUACCUCUACUCUGCCUGUGUCUGCAAGGCUGGCUGGAGUGGGUGGGGCUGCACCGAUGACUCCACAGCUCAGUCGUAUGGUCGCCAGGUGACAGCCGCUCUGCUGCUCACACUCAGUAACCUGCUCUUCCUGCCUCCCAUUGUGGUGGCUGUCAAACGCUGCUACAUCACUGAGGCCUCCGUCUACCUCUUCACCAUGUUCUUCUCCACGUUCUACCAUGCGUGUGACCAGCCGGGUGUAGCAGUGCUAUGCAUCAUGGACUACGAUACCCUGCAGUACUGUGACUUCCUGGGUUCAGUCUGCUCCAUCUGGGUCACCAUUCUGUGCAUGGCCCGCGUCAAAGACGUCUUCAAAUAUACUCUGUUCAUGCUCGGGGCCCUGCUGAUAGCCAUGUCGAUGCAGCUGGACCGCAGAGGCCUGUGGAACAUGCUGGGCCCCGUCCUCUGUGCAGUUCUGGGCAUGGUCACUGUCUGGGUGUACCGCGGUGUGAAGCGGCGGCAUUGCUACCCACCCUCCUGGCAGCGUUGGGUUUUCUACUUGAUCCCAGGAAUAACAUGCGCCCUUAUCGGGGUGUGUGUUUACAUUUUUGCUGAGACAGAGGAUAAUUACUACUACACACACUCGCUGUGGCACGUUCUGGUGGCCAGCAGCGUGGUGUUCCUGCUGCCGCCCAAGGAAAAGAACAGGGAGACGUGGAGCUGGACCAGGGGCUGGAGCCUGAGCUGGAGCCCCAGAGUGUGUGGAUACACACUGUGUCAGAGCAGCAAGGAUGAGCUCUACACUGUCACGUAGUAGGACACACACAUGGAAAUGAUGGACUGGGAUGCUAAAGAGAAGAAAAAUGACUGGGCAUUGUGGGCUGGACAUUUAUAUAAACACUGCAGACAUGCACAUCUGUUAAAGACAUACACAAGCACAGGGUGUCUGCUGCUCCUGACAGAGCUCAUGUUAUUUAGAAUCAAGGUGAAUACAGUUAAAUAUUGCAUUUUUGUAUUAGACAUUCUGUGGUUUCUUGGUGUGCUGUUUUUUCCAGUGAGAAAUCAGCCCAGUCAAGCAGACCUGUUUUCAUUUUAACAUUUUUUUUUCAAUUGUGAAAUUGGCAUUAUAUUUAAUUUUAAGUGACAUGAAGAGAGGUCUUCAAAAAUUUUAAAUUUCACAUGAGGAAAAUUGCAGACACCCUGAAAGUCACACGCCCACAUCCACACAUCUUUGACCCAAACCAAUCCAGUUGAACUUCCAAGGUGGCCCGUUGCACUACCUUAUAUGCCAGCUCAGGUGUGAACAGCAUUACUUCCUGGUAGCAGACCACUUUACCUUUGACCUCAUGAUGGAAUACCAGGACUUUGUACAUAUUGUACUUGGAUAGGAUAUGAAUGUCACGCAUAUUUAUAAAGAAUGCUAAGCUAUACGGAGCUAUUUUAAAUCUUUAUACUGAGUCUCUUAUUGAGUCUACUGAUAAGGGAUACUAUAUUUAUAGUAGAUGUAAAUAUUCCUCAUUGUUAUGUCCUGUUUGUUUUUAUGUUUUUUUUCUUUUCCUUAUCCAUACAGGCCUGGGCAAAGGUUGACAAUGUUUUCAACCAAUGACCCAUUUGAGGUGUGUUUGAUUUUUACCUGGCAGAUAUGUGAAACAGCCUUCAGUGCAAAGCUCACUGACUGUAAUUAGGCUUGGGUGGUAUCAAUUUUUUCAGACCUCUGACAUUUCACCAGGAUAUAUGGUAUAUGACAUUAUAUUUGUGUUUCAGCAUAUACCAGCAAAUCAGCAGGCUGAACAGAGAUGAAUGGUAACUGGUGGUGGCAGUUGAAUGAAAUCAUGUGGCUAAUAAACUGGUUUUGUAGUUGGAUGAUGGAUUUGGAUUUGGUGAUGCACUUUGAGGUGUGAGUGGAGGUCCGACGUGUUAGCUGCAACGUUUUUGAGGCAAAUUGUGCACACAGCUUCGUCUGUGUUGACUGAAUCACCUUUAUCAUCAGGACUGCACUAUAAUACAUCACCUCAAUGCAGCAUCUCUGUAUCAGUUUAAUAGAAAAAUGUGUCUGUUUUUACUGAAUUGAAAAUCAUACCUACAGGAUUUCUCAAUACUCUAGUAUAUCGAAAUAUCUUGAUACCGCCCAAACCUAACUAUAAAAUGUCCAGUAGAGUUAAAUAAUUAUGUUCAACUCAAAAGAAAACAUCAACUAUUUGAAACAUGUUGACAAGUCUUUUGCCAAAGUCUGUUUUGUAAAGUUCAAAGUACAUUUCUUUCCUAUGACUGUAAACUGCACCCAGACCCACUGCAAUUAAGUGGCUUUUAGUCAAAUGUGCACAUAAAGAAGUGUACAAGUGAAAGUAUACUGGGUUGGGAUGCAGGGUGCCUCUUCAUUCCUUUAAAAGGACCACUGGUUUUUCACUGCUGGCAUUACAUUAAAGGAACAGUCCACUCUAUAUAUAUAUAUAUAUAUAUCUAUAUAUAUAUAUAUAUAUAUCUAUAUAUAUAUAUAUAUAUAUAUAUAUAUAUAUAAUCCCCACUUAUUGCUAGUAUAGUCUGUCCAUCCUGAUAGUUUCGAUGUGAUUUUGUGACGGUUCUCCGUCUGCCACAGUCUUCCCUGUCUCUCAGCACACACACCAACACACUUGUAUUUGUUUGUACGGCUCAAACAGUCAAACUGUACAUGAAAAAAAAAAAAAAAAAAACCUCAACAGCAACAGUUCUUUCCAAAAACAAUGACAGAUACCAUACAUAAUUCAUAGCUUCUUUGGAACUGUAUCUACCAUCCCCAAUUCAGAUUGCACUAGUCAUGAGUGGGAUUUUUUUAGCAUUACCAUCGUUAUUAUUUGUAUUUGUAUUUUAUAUUAACUGUUCCUUUAAUUCCGUUCAGUUGAAAUGGCACUUGAGCUUAUGUUGUAAACCUUACCAAUUCUUACCAUGAUUUGUUGUGAAAGCGCUUAUGUGAUUAAGUAUUGAUCACUAGAAAAACAUUUUCCACUUAUGUAAUGUAAUGUGCAUAGCCCAUAUGUGUGUGAAUGGGCACUUGAUGAAUGUAUAUUCAGAUCACUGUGUCCAGUGCCUCCUCCUCUUAUGUCUUUUUGUGAAUGCAUGUAUGAGCGUUAACUGUUUGUGGGUGUGUGUGUGUGUGUGUGUCAUCUCUCGUACCAGUAAAGCUACUGCACAUCCCUUGUUUUAUUUAAGACUCAUGUUGUAGUUGAGCUGCUAAUGCUGUCUGUGAUUUCCAUAUCCAGCACCGUUCUGAUUUUUUUCUUUCUCUCUCUGUGAUUUUGCACAACUACAGAUUUUGCUAUUGUUAGCCCUCUGUUAAUUGUUGAAAUAUUGUUUUAUCCUGUGUGUGUGGGAGAGUCUUUUCUGUCUUAUUUUGUUGUAGCACUGUACUUUGGUGUCUGAAAAGGCAUUGCUGAACAAACUAGAACUCAGCACUCCAUGAGCAGAGGGACUUAGAGAUGUUUGUUAGAUUACUCUAUUAUACAUCGAUAUAAUGUACAAUUACUUUGAAAUCUGUUCAAAAUCCAAACAAAAUUUAUCAUACCAAAAAUAAAUCUGUGGUAUAUAGA